UGCCCAUGUUUGUGAUGAAACUUCUCGUUACAGCCCUCCUCUCCAGCCUCCUAUGUCACACCACAGCCCUGUCCGUCGCUAAAGUAUGUAAACUUAGCGACGAACAGAGAUCUGUUGAUCUCGCAGCUAUUAUAGAAAAAGGCUGGAAGUUACAAGAUGAUCGGGAUGCCAUCCACAAGGAGUUUCUCUUCCGGGAUUUUAACGAGGCGUUUGGUUUCAUGACGCGCGUGGCGCUCCGUGCUGACAAAGUCGAUCACCAUCCCGAGUGGUUUAAUGUGUACAACAAAGUUAAUAUUACACUCUCUACUCAUGAAUGUGGAGGUUUGUCCGAGAAGGAUAUUGCUUUGGCAAAGUUCAUCGACGGUGCCGCUAAAGUGUUUGAGUAAUUUUAUUUAUUUUAACUUUAAUUUAUCUAUUAUCGGUAUCUUUUAAUCUU